CUCCCAAAAGCUUCACAGCCUAUUCUUGGCCAGUUGCUUCGCCCUCAACCGAAACAAAGAAAAAAAAAGGGAGAAAGAAGAGGGAAAAAGAAAAAGGAAAAAAAGGGAAGAAGGCACGCACAGGGAAGCAAUAGCAACGAAUUCAACCAACCAACCAACCAACCCUUCUGCUGCUUCAAUCGAUCGGCAACAAAUCUUUCUGGGUGGUCUGGUGCUCAACUCCCCCAUCGCCAUUUUAUGCCCGAACCUGUUUCUCCAGCCAAUUUGAUGAGGAUUAAUUUCCAAACGGGCUCCGAUCGAUCUCCAUGAUUAACCAUCCGGCGUGGUGAUGAGCCGCCGCCGCCGCAUCGUCGUCGUCUCCCGAUGCAUCGCCAGGACGUGAGGACGAAGGAGGCCGAGGAGGAGAGGAUGGAGGAGAACAAUCUCCUGCAUUUUCUAGAUAGCCCAAACGCGCAUUACAGAAGGAAAUGUGAAGAAUACGUAUCCGCGCAUGAUGAUGAAGCCCAUUGCGAUGCAUCAGAUGUAGAUCUGGCCAAUGCAAGGGAAAGAUUGGAGCAUCUGUUGAAACAACCUGCCAACAAGUUCUGUGCAGACUGUGGUACCCCUGAUCCAAAAUGGGCGGCCUUGCCUUUUGGUGCGUUGAUUUGCAUAAAGUGCUCUGGAACUCAUAGAAGUCUUGGAGUACACAUAUCAAAGGUAAUUUCCGUGAAUCUAGACGAAUGGACAGAUGAAGAGGUCAAUUGUUUAGCUGGUUCAGGUGGAAAUGCUACGGUGAACACAAGAUAUGAGGCCUUUUUGCCAGAGAACUUUAAAAAGCCCAGACAUGAUUGCACAACAGAGGAGCGUUGCAAUUUCAUUAGGAAAAAGUACGAGUUUCAACAGUUUGUGACUGAUCCACAGUUUUCAUGCCCUUUACGAUUGAAUACCAAACACGCACCAGACAAGAAUCAGCAGCAGCAAAACUGCAGUGCGCGACAUGGUUUUGGCCAUGCUUUUAGGAAUAGCUGGAAGAGAAAGGACACAGAUAACAAAGGACUAAAGAAAAUGACGGAUGUGGGUAUGGUGGAAUUUGUUGGAUUAAUUAAGGUUGAUAUUAGACGGGGCACAAAUCUUGCUGUUCGUGAUGUGAUGUCAAGUGAUCCAUAUGUUAUGCUUAACCUAGGACACCAAACCAUGAAAACGAAGGUGAUAAAGAACACCCUGAAUCCUGUAUGGAAUGAAAGACUAAUGCUAUCGAUCCCUCACCCGGUGCCGCCUCUUAAAUUGCAAGUGUUCGACAAGGACACGUUCAGCUCCGACGACCGGAUGGGCGAUGUGGAGGUGGACAUCCAGCCGCUGAUCGCCGCGGCGCGAGAACACGAGAGCUCGGCCGCCAUCGCCGGCUCGGUGGAGGUCACGAAGCUGCUGGCGAGCGACGACGGCACGCUGGCCAGGGACAGCGUCAUCUCCGUCGUCGACGGCAAGGUGAAGCAGGACAUCGCGCUGAGGCUCCAGAACGUGGAGCACGGGGAGCUGGAGAUCGAGCUCGAGUGCGUGCCGCUCAGCCAGUAGUAUAGCUAUAGCUGCUGUACACAUUUUAUUGCUACUAUAGCUGGCCGGGAUGAAAAAUGCUCGAUCUGCAUUCGCUGUGGGUUGUGUGAUCAUAUGCAUGGAGCUUAAUUUGCUUCUGUGUUUUACUCCAUGCCUGUAUACUUUGUCAAGUUGUGUCAUGUUGAGGGCUUAAUGUUCAUGUCAUCGUGUAUUAAUUAGAUAUGGUUUGUAUAGGUAGGAAAUUAAGGGGGAAAUGGAUCGUCUAAAACAACUCUAAUUUUAGGCUUCAAUGUUGGUUUUGGCUGAUUCUUUGUUAUCCUU